AUGUUCGCUGCACGCAAGGCAUCGCAGUCCAUUCUGGGCGCUGCAUUGAACCGCCGUGCCUUCUCCGCAACCGCCAGCAACGCCUCGAAGGUCGUUGUCCUCGGCGCGGCAGGUGGCAUUGGCCAGCCUCUCUCCCUCCUGCUCAAGCUCAACCCACGACUGACUGAGCUUGCCCUUUACGACAUCAAGGGCGGCCCAGGUGUCGCCGCUGAUGUCGGCCACAUCAACACCAAGAGCACUGUCACCGGCUACGAGCCCACUCCUGAGGGUCUCGCUGCUUGCUUGAAGGGCGCUGAGAUCGUUGUCAUCCCAGCUGGUGUUCCCCGCAAGCCAGGCAUGACCCGUGAUGACCUCUUCAACACCAACGCCUCGAUCGUCCGCGACCUCGCAAAGGCCGCUGCCCAGCACUCCCCAGACGCCAACAUGCUCAUCAUCUCGAACCCCGUCAACAGCACCGUUCCAAUCACCGCCGAGGUCUUCAAGAGCAAGGGCGUCUACAACCCAAAGAAGCUUUUCGGUGUCACCACCCUCGACGUCGUCCGCGCUUCCCGUUUCAUCUCUCAGCUGAAGGGCUCUGACCCAGCCAACGAGAACAUCGUUGUCGUUGGUGGCCACUCUGGCGAGACCAUCGUCCCUCUCCUCAGCCAGUCUGGCUACGAGCUCCAGGGCCAGGAGCGCGACGAGUACGUCAAGCGUGUGCAGUUCGGUGGUGACGAGGUCGUCAAGGCCAAGGACGGUGCCGGAUCUGCUACUCUCUCCAUGGCCAUGGCUGGUGCCCGCUUCGCCGAGUCUCUUCUCAAGGCAGCUCAGGGCCAGAAGGGCGUCGUUGAGCCAACCUUCGUCGACUCGCCUCUCUACAAGGACCAGGGCGUCACCUACUUCGCAUCGAACGUCACCCUCGGCCCCAACGGUGUUGAGGAGAUUCACCCAGUUGGCAAGGUCACGGAUCACGAGCAGGGUCUUCUCGACAAGUGCUUGAAGGACCUCAAGGGCAACAUUGAGAAGGGUGAGAAGUGGGCCAAGGAGAACCCAUAA